GUCACGGUUGAAAGGUGAGGGUUGACACCCUUCAGGCUGAGGAGGAUGGCGGUGGAGGUACUCGUCGUCUCCCGGCUCCUGUGUUUCCUGUUGGCUCUCCGGCUGGGCGCCGGCUCCGAGGCCGAGGGUGUCGGGGAGAAGUUUAAAAUCGAGGGCCGGGCGGUGGUGCCCGGCGUCAGGCCGCAGGAUUGGAUCCACACAGCGCGGGUGUUGGUGGAGGGAGAGGAACAUGUCGGCUUCUUCAAGACAGAUGGGACGUUCACUGUAAACGAUGUUCCUUCUGGUUCAUAUGUGGUGGAAAUAGUAUCACCAGCCUAUCGCUUUGAACCUGUGCGAGUGGAUAUAACAUCCAAAGGUAAAAUCAGAGCAAGACAUGUGAACUAUUUAAAAGCAUCUGAAGUUAUUAGGUUGCCAUAUCCCAUACAAAUCAAAUCUACUGGCCCUCCGCCAUAUUUUCUGAAGAGAGAAACAUGGGGCUGGACAGAUUUCCUCAUGAAUCCUAUGGUCAUGAUGAUGAUUCUUCCAUUGUUAAUCAUCCUCCUAUUGCCUAAAGUGGUCAACACAAAUGAUCCUGACAUGAGACGGGAGAUGGAGCAAUCCAUGAAUAUGUUGAACCCGAAUCAUGAGUUGCCGGAUGUUUCAGAGUUCAUGACUCGCCUUUUUUCUUCCAAGUCAUCUAAAUCUGGGAGUGGUAGCAAGGCUGGCAAAAGUGGUGUUCUGAAAAGGAGGUAGUCUUUCCUUCAACGAGUCAUUCAAGGUUAUGACACACACAAUGCCUGUUUAUGCUCUUUCUGAAAAAUAAAUCGCCAGUAGAAUAAAUACUGAGAGCUUCUUACAAAGAAAAGUAAAAUCUGAAACAAAGCAUACUUGACAUCUUGAAGACAAAGGGCUUGGUAUUUAUGUAAACAGUGAAAAUUGUGUGCUUGCAGUGACUAGUAUAUUCUGGAGAAUGUCUUAUUUAAUUAAGUGUAACUCAGAAUAAUAUCCCAGUUAAUUUACUGCUACUUUUGGUAAGUAUUUUUUAAUACAUUCAGUGUGUUCAAGAAACUAAAGUAAUAUAAAACUGAUUUUUUUCAAAUCUCUGUUCAAUUUCUCAAGUAUGAGGCAAUGGUAUGUCUCAAAUUAAUGAAAAUAUAUUCAAGAUAACUUGUUCUGGGCUA